CCUCCUCCAACAACAACAGCCACAUUCAUUCCCUCAAGCCAAUCAGCGACGACUCGACAAAGGCCUAUCUUCGCCGACCUUUGAAGACGCCAGCAGCAGCCUGACCAGACACCUUUGUAUUUCGGCCGACAAUGCAGCCAGGCCAUCCGGCAGCGGGCAGCCGUUGCGUCCAUUGACAGGCAACGCCAAUGGCGAGCCUCGAGAGCCACCACCCCCACGCCUGAUCACGGACGAGCCUCCGCUGAGGCAACGACGUGGCAUAAUGGACUUCUCGCAGUCGCCCACACAGUCAAACGACGGCCGCAGCUACGAUCAAUAUGCCAACGAUGAUACUCCCGACCGUGGCAGCGAUUCACCCGGGCACCGCACCCUGCAUGAUAAUGACACCGGUGCGGUCCGGUUCGAGUUCGGGAAGGAUCCAGACACCCAGCUAGACGAAGGAGCCUCGUUUGACCAAUUCGAACCAGUCGAUUCCCAACCACUGACUGAUUGGCCCCCCAAAACGCAAGUGGUCGAGGCUGGCGACGGCCCUGGUACCUCGUUUUCGCACCAUCAAGAUGCAACGGGUAUAGCGCCAGAGACGCCGGCUGUGGUACAGGGACACAAUCCCUUUGGUGGUCAAGCAAAUGGAAGCAUAAUGCGGCCAUCGCAGCUGUUUGGCCAGACACAAAUGACGUCCGUCGUGAAGGCGGCCAGCCCAACGUCUUCGCGGCCCUCGCCAAACAUAUUCAACCACAACACGAUUUCCCCCAACCAUGCAAUCAGCUCGCCCCUGAAGGACCGAGGAUUGCGAACGUCCCCCACCUCACAUGGAGCUAUAUCGAGCCCGCCUUAUUUGCGACCAUCCUCUCGAGCCUACGAGCUCGGCACAAGUCAGGAUGAUUAUCAAGGUCUGCAGGACCAUGAGAGACGAGUCUCUCCCGAACCACGUCCGGUACCACCAAAGCGGAACCGGCUUGAUCCCAUAGAAGAGUACAGGUCUGUCAGCAACUUUGAGAUGGCAAAACCGGGCCAGAACCAAUCUAGCGACAACGAGGGCUCAGAUAGCGAUUCCGACUUGGCUGAUGCUGCACGCCAAAGACGAGCGCGGCUCAAACGAAGCAAAGCCGAAAAGUCUCUGCAGGCAAUUACUCUCCCAGGCGUGCGUAACCAGGCUCUCUCAAGGUCUUCGCCCAAAGAGCACAAAUCGUCCAAUCGCUCAGCACAGGACGCCGAGGACGAGAACGUCGAGGUCCCAUCUACGAAUCGCGCCAAGUCGAAAAACAACUUGAAACUGCAAGAGCGAAGUCCCACCCUUGGACACUUUGCGUCAGAUCAGCCGGGCCAUGAAAGCGAUUCGCAGGAAACCGUUGCCGACUCACAGCAUCUCCAGGGGCCCUCUCACACCUCUUCCGCAGCUGCGCAAUCAGCUAUCGAUCAGCCGAGUAGUCCGCCACCUCGCCCUUUGGACCUCGUGUCAACUCAACGCGAGACAGCUGCUGCGGCAGACACAAUACCAGAGACCAGCCCUCCCGGCACUGCUGCUGCUGAGUAUGCAAAGCACCGACUGGGAACGAAGCUGCCCUUCCCAGGUAGUAACUCGAGCGUGCCGUCUUUACCGCCAUUGCCGAGCACUGAGCCACCACCUAGCACUGCAGCAUCCGGUAUAGAAGGUCAGAUACGCAGAGAAGCCGAGUCUGCGAGGCAUGUCGUAAUCUCGAGCCCCAUGCCGCCGGGUCUGCGGUCCUCGCCUACAGUGAUACUCGCCUCGUCACAACGCAUGGUGACACGGAGCUCACGGAGGCUCGAGCAAAUCAAUAGCCCACAGACUGCAGAUUUACCGCCUUCUUCAGACGCAAGUUCGCGCACGUCAAGCUUGAGCAGCCUGUCUGCUACGCCGCCACGGCCGUCAAGCGCAACUCCAAACACGGAGCAUGAGGUACAUGAGCCUACUGACAAUGUCUCGUCCCCUGCGGUGGCAAAAGUACAGCGCCGUGGCCGACCAUCGUCCUCAGCUCCGCGGCGGAAUGUCAAGAGCUACAGUUUCUCUCCUGGCAGCACAACCCGGGCAUCAAGUCGAGCUUCGAGGGGAAGUUCAACGGAGGUAUCGACUAAAUCGCCCGCCCGUCAACGGCGAAAGGAGGUGCAGACGAGAGUGGCAGCAAAUGCCCGCAAAUCCUUGCGACAGACCUCGACCGCACAGUUGUCGCUCCAGGAGAGCAACGCAAGCCUUGCAGUGGCGAAAGACGGCAUUUUCCACGGUAUGACAUUCGCAGUGACGUUCCAGUCCAAGCAGCGACACGAGGACGAUGACCGGUUCAAAGCCCGGGUCUCCCAAAACAAGGCCCUCAAGGACUCUAUUGUGCGAGAGGGCGGGGUUGUCCUGUCUGACGGAUUCGACGCAUUGUUUCGCCUCGAAUCGUUCCACAGUCGGAGCAGCAGCAGCACAAAAGCCGCCACGUCUGGCUCCAUAAGUCUUAUGACUCCGGAGAUGGGAUUCACCGCGUUGAUAGCAGAUGAGCACUCGCGGAAGGCAAAGUAUAUCCAGGCCCUUGCGCUGGGCCUGCCAUGUUUGGCGCCGAGAUGGGUCACCACUUGUGUGGCCAAGAAGAAGCUGGUCGACUGGUCGUCGUACCUUCUGUGUGCCGGUCAGAGCUCCUUUCUGGGCGAUGCGAUCCGGUCACGGAAUCUGCCAUACUAUGACCCGACCACGAGCAAGUUCUCGGCAGUGAUUGAGCAGCGUCCCAAGCUCCUAGAGAACACGGAGGUCCUGGUCGUUCUGAAGCGAACGACAAAAGAGGACAACAUGCCGUAUCUUUUCCUCGUGCAGGUGCUCGGCGCGACGUUGACGCGGGUCUAUACCCUCGAUGAGGCUAGGACAUUGCUCCUGCAGAGACAAGCAGCCGGAGAGCCGUUUGACUGGGUCUACGUCGGAGACCGCCUGAGCGAUGUCGACACUAUUCUUUACGGCAAGCCGGCCGAUGCCAAGGAACAAGUAUCUGGUGCCAGAAAGCGCAAGAGGCCAGCAAAAGCAAGUGGAAGUAACAGUGUGAGUACAAGCAUGGCGCAAGGCACGGCGGAACAUUUCGACGAUGGCGGCCGACCACCGAAGCGAGUCCGGACUCUGAAUGACGAGCUCGUCGUCCAGAGCUUGAUAUUGGGCAGGCUCAUCGAGGAGGAUGAGAUGCCGCUUUGAGCAGAAAUUACGCAUGCUAUAAGAACUGCGCUUUAACAUCGAAAAGGCUGUGUUCGUGCUCGAGCAGCCUCGAGGGAAGUGAGGCUCGUACAUGAUUAGAAGCACCGGUUUGGAAUGCCACUUGUACAUACAUUUACACAAGCCUUAUAAGUGUGUCGGGGCUGGGAUAGGAAGUAAAUAGAUCCAGCUCGCCAGAACACGGCUGCGGCACGACAUAGCUUAAGGAAACCAAUGACGAAGGACGUGCUUGCCAAAGGUACUCUCUCAUGUUUUCACUUUCCCAUCCAAUGAAACAGUCUAUCACUUGCUAGGCGUUGGACAGCGAGGCCAACUCGAAGCAACAAUAGUAUUGGCUCU